GCUCUCUUUCCGGUUGCCAACUUUCGCUUGGAAGGUUGUUUUCGGUACGAUCAAAAAGGAUUUUUUGAUUCAGGUGUAAACGAAUAACCAGCCGAGAUGGCCAAGUCCAAGAAUCACACCAAUCACAAUCAGAACCAAAAGGCUCACAAGAACGGUAUCAAGAAGCCCAAGCGCAAGCGUCAUGAAUCGAAGCGUGGUAUGUGCCAGAAGUUCCUGCGUAAUCUUCGGUUCUCGAAGAAGGGAAACGUUUCGCACGAGGAAUCCCUGAAGCGCGCCGAGGCACGUAAGGCGAAAUACGCUGGACAGCCCGCUCCCGUCAAGCUGUAGAAAGUACGGCGAAAAGGUUACCGUACAAAUUUCCAUGAAUGUGCGUACAACACGGGCAGAGUGAGGAUGGAUGUGAAAGAAUAAAGCUACGUCUAAAAGUAUAACAAAGUG